GAAGGCAGGCUGAGGCUGGUAUGGCAGCAGCUCCAUGAUUAUCACGGACUUGGACUCCUGUCUUGCUGUUCUGCCAUCCUUAGCAUGCUGCCUUAUGGUUGAGAUGGCUGCUUUAAUUCCAGAUGCCACCUGCUCAUAGCAAGAGACGCAGAAUGUCCCUGGCUGCUUACUGUGUCAUCUGCUGCAGAAGAAUGGGAACCUCAACUUCUCCGCCAAAAAACAACACGUACUGGAGAGAUAUCAGAAAUAUAAUAAAGUUUACUGGAUCACUUAUUUUAGGAGGUUCUUUAUUUAUUACAUAUGAAGUUCUGGCCCUGAAGAAGUCUUUGACAUUAGAUACUCAAGUGGUAGAAAGAGAGAAAAUGAAGUCAUAUAUAUAUGUGCACACAGUUUCUUUAGAUAAAAGAGAAAAUCCUGGAAUCACCUACCAGGCAAGAAAAGAGCUUCACAAAGCAGUAAGAAAAGUAUUGGCAACAUCAGCCAGGAUGUUACGGGGCCCAUUUGCUGACACUUUUAGCACAGUUGACGUAGAAGAUCAUGAGUGUGCUGUGUGGCUGCUCCUGAGGAAGAGCAGGUCCGAGGACAGAGCCGCGCGACUGCAGGCUGUGCAGGAGAUGUCAGAGACCCACCACUGGCAAGAUUACCAGUAUAGGAUAAUCGCUCAAGCCUGUGAUCUGAGAACUCUUACUGGUUUGGCACGAAGCAAAGAGAGUGAUCUUCGUUUUUUUCUCCGCCCGCCUCCUUUGCCAUCUUUAAAAGAAGAUUCUUCCAUUGAAGAAGAGCUCAGACAGUUGCUGGCUUCUCUACCUCAAACAGAGCUUGAUGAGUGUAUCCAGUAUUUUACAUCUUUGGCUCUGAGUGAAAGCAGUCAGAGUCUAGCUGCUCAGAAGGGUGGAUUAUGGUGUUUCGGAGGAAAUGGGCUUCCUUAUGCUGAAAGUUUUGGAGAAGUUCCUUCAGCUACAGUGGAAAUGUUCUGUUUAGAAGCUUUAGUAAAACAUUCUGAGAUACCCACACACUGUGAUAAAAUUGAAGCAAAUGGAGGCUUGCAACUACUUCAGAGGCUGUACCAACUUCACAAGGACUAUCCUAAAGUACAGAGAAAUAUAAUGCGUAUCCUUGGAAAUAUGGCUUUGAAUGAACAUCUUCAUUCUGCUAUAGUUCACUCAGGCUGGGUAUCCAUACUGGCAGAAGCAAUGAAGUCUCAGCACAUUAUGGAGGCCUCACAUGCCGCCAGGACGCUGGCUAAUCUAGACCGAGAGACUGUGCGAGAUAAAUACCAGGACGGGGUGUACGUGCUGCAUCCCCAGCACCGCACGAGUCAGCCCAUUAAAGCAGAUGUCCUUUUUAUUCACGGCCUUAUGGGAGCAGCAUUCAAAACGUGGCGCCAGCAGGACAAUGAUCAGGAUUUAACUGAAAACAUUUCAGAGGAUGAAACCAAGUACACAACCUGUUGGCCCAAGUCAUGGUUAGCAAGCGACUGUCCUGCUCUCCGUAUUAUAUCUGUGGAGUAUGACACCAGCCUUAGCGACUGGAGAGCAAGGUGCCCUAUGGAAAGAAAGUCCAUUGCAUUCAGGAGCAACGAACUUCUUAGGAAGCUCAGAGCUGCUGGUGUUGGGGAUAGGCCAGUGGUCUGGGUAUCACAUAGCAUGGGAGGUCUUCUUGUUAAAAAGAUGCUGUUGGAAGCCUCUAAGAAGCCAGAAAUGAAUACUAUUAUAAACAAUACCAGAGGAAUCAUUUUUUAUAGUGUCCCUCACCAUGGAUCCCAUCUGGCUGAAUACUCUGUGAAUAUUCGCUAUCUUCUCUUUCCCUCUUUGGAAGUCAAAGAGCUCAGCAAAGAUUCUCCUGCACUUAAAACACUACAGGAUGACUUCCUGGAGUUUGCGAAAGACAAAAACUUCCAGGUGCUGAGUUUUGUAGAGACACUACCAACCUAUAUCGGUAGCAUGAUUAAGCUCCACGUGGUGCCCCUGGAAUCAGCAGAUUUAGGCAUUGGAGAUCUAAUUCCUGUGGAUGUGAACCAUUUGAACAUUUGUAAGCCAAAGAAAAAGGAUGCUUUUUUGUACCAACGUACCUUACAAUUCAUCCGUGAUGCUUUAGCCAAAGACCUGGAAAACUGACAGUUGUCUUCUUCCAUUUUCAUACGUGAACACAGUGCAAGAAACGUGGUAUUCUCUUUCUCUUUUUAAGCUCUAAGCAAUCAUGCAGACAUAGUCACUGUGGCAUCAUUGUGGCCUGGAGUAUGUUGCAGGCAACAGAAUAUUGUUCUGUAAAACACAAACACAGCACAGAAGUGGCAAUCGGAGAAUGAAGGGCUAGACUGGAUUCUUUGGAUAUAAAAGAACCUCCCUGUGUGCCAGGUUAUGUUCGGCAAUGUCCCUGGUGACAAGGAGCAAGCUACUGUGGGUAGAGAAUGUGACCUGUGACUUUUGUCAUCUGUGACUGUCCAUGGCUUAUGCUGGGAGGAGCACUGAUGGCUUCUGAAGGGAGAGCCAUCGCCAACUUACCAAUAAAAAUGCCUUUUGGAGAGUACCUGUAAUGGAGAGAGAAUGAACUAGAACAUAGAAGACUCUGUUUUGGGUCUGAGUGUCCAUGUGCUGUAAAUUUUAAAAAACUUGUCAGUGUAAAACCUUUGUCUAACAUGUUAGCUUUGUUAGACCUCAUGUCACCCAUGGGCCAGUUUCUUGUAAGUUUUAUUUUCAUAUUGCUGAUACAUAUUUUUUUAAAAAAAGUUCUAGCCUAUAAUUUUUUCCAGACUGCAGCUGACAAUACUUUUAAUUUUUCCCAGAUAAGAAUAAAUCCAUUACUGAUCAGAGUAUGAACUAAAAUGAUUCUAAGCCAUUGUAAUAUCAACAGUACUUAGUAUCAAGAUUCUCAGAUUCUUUUCAGCUAAAUAAAGGAUAUCUUCCUCUUGAUCAUUUAGAAGCAGUAUUAACUAGUCUCUAGCAUGUGAGAAAUAGGAAAUUAUAUUGAUGACUUUUUCUUUUUCUUAAGCAAUAGCAUUAUUGAGAUACAGUUCACAUACCAUAAAAUUCACCCUUUUAAAUAUACAGUUCACUGAUUUUUAGUGUAUUUUCAGAAUUGUGCAACCAUCACCACUAUCUAAUUUCAGAAUAUUUCCUCAUCCUCCAAAAUAACUGCACACCCAUUAGCAAUCAUUCCUCCUCUCCUCGCAGCCCCUGGUAAACACUGAGUUUCUUUCUCUCUCUAUGGAUGCCUAUUAUGGAAGUUUCAUAUAAAUGGAAUCUUAAAGUAGGUGGCCCUCUCUGUCUGGCUUCAUUCUUUUAGCAUCACAUUCUCAAGGUCCAUCCAUGAUGUAGCAUGUGUACAUGUAGUACUUCAUUCCUUUUUAUGGCCAAAUAAUAUACUGUUACAUGAAUGUACCACAUUUGCUUAUCUGUUCCUCAGCUGAUGGAGUUUAGGUUCUUUCCAUUUUGGGGCUGUUAUGAAUGAGGCUGCUGUGAAUGUUCACGUACAAAGUUUUUGUGUGAACGUGUUUUCCGUUCUCUUGGGUAUAUACUAGGAGUGGAAUUGCUGGGUCAUGUUAAGCUUGUUUCCCAUUUUGAAAAUGAUAGACAUAGAAUGGGAUAGUCAAAGCUAAAACUGGAGUAUUGCAUCUGAAGGUAAACUGGGCUCAUCAGUAAACUCUCAAUAACUAAUUGUUUAGUUAUGCAAAAACUAGCAGGUGACCUAACUAUUUUAUUAUGUAGAAACAGUGUGAUAGUUAGUUAGCUAACAAUAAACUCUUAGCUUUUGAGAUGACAUGGGGAGAGGGGUAGAUAUGUUUGGUUCGUUUUCUUUUUCUGUUUUCCAUGAACCAUGGCAGAUAUGCCAUGGCUGGAACAUCUGUUCAUGAACCUAGAGUAAUAGGAUGAAACCCUACUCUUUAAAAUCUCAAUAUAGCCAUUAUAGCUGUGUUUUAAAAAUAAGGUCUGGGAGAGAGAUCCAAUGUAUUUCUGAAUUACUGUAGUUUUUCAGACAAGUAACUUAACAUCUGUUUAUUCUAUUUAUAGAAUGGAUGUGAGAUACACAGAUUCACUUCAUCAGGUUUGUGAGAUUUAAGUCAGUAAUGUUUUAAAAAUAAUCAUCACCUGAAAAACUCUAAGAACAGAGUAUGAAAACAUACAUAUUUGAAAGUUUUAAACUUAGAUCAUCAAUAAAAUGGUUCUUAGCCUUGUUUAAGUAUCUUUUCUGAAAAAAAAAUUUCAAAUGAAGUUUUAUAUUACUUUUCCCUUCAUGUGAAAAGUCUCUUUAAAUGAUCUAUCCAAGAAGGAAAUAAAUAGAAUACAGCUUUAUAGAAAGCUGAAACUACUGAAAGCAAGCUGUAAAUAAAAUUCAGAUGAAAAUGAAAAACCAGUUACUCUUAUUCAUAACCUUUUCUCUUUCUGAUUACGUUGUCUACCGUGAAAGUCAAGAGCACUGAGUUCCCCUUUACUCCAGUGUUUAAAUUAAAUGUCAUCAUAGAAAGAGA